AGAAAACAGACGCGCUCCCGAGACCUCCUCGGAAGCCCAAGGCACGCAAGCCGGGGCUUCCGUGGACUUAUAGGUGUCUAAUGGCGCCUGAAUGAAAUCUUGCUUUCUCUUUCGCAAUAAUGAGGGGCAAGAUUAGAUUGAGGAGAACUGAACUCAUGUGAUAACUGAGAAGAAAUAGCCGUCACUUGGUCAAGGAAAAGUGCGGAAUAGCAAUCAGGCGUCUGAAAGGCGGGCGCAUCAAGCGAGUGAAGGACCCCGUAGGCACAGGGAAGGUCGGUAAAAGGGCAUAAGGAGAAAACUAAUCUUCAAAUCCACCAUUCUGUUUUCCUUCGUGACCAAUCAGAUGCCUCUGGAAAGCCCACAAGCAGAACAUGAAGACAAUUGGAUUGCUCUGCAGAGAUGUGGCUGGAAAAGUUUUAACUGGAAUGUAAUUCCCCUGCAUUUGCAUAAAUUUGCAUUAAUUUUUCCCUUUAAAAGUCUUACAGGGCGUCUUCCAAAGUUGGGAGAGACCAUACAUGGGCACAAGUUUUUCACUGGCUUUGGGGGGAAAGGCGCCAACCAGUGUGUUCAAGCUGCUCGACUUGGAGCAAAAACCUCAAUAAUCUGCAAGGUUGGCAAGGACUCCUUUGGUAAUGAUUAUAUUCAAAAUUUCAAGAAAAAUGGGAUUCCUACUGAAUUUGUAAGUCAAACAGAAGAUGCUGCUACUGGAGCUGCUUCAAUCAUUGUCGAUAGUCAAGGGCAAAAUUUUAUUGUCAUUGUUGCAGGAGCAAAUUUGCUUUUGAACUCUGGAGACUUAAAGAGGGCUGCUCAUGUCAUCUUGGAAGCCAAAGUGAUGCUCUGCCAAUUGGAAGUAACUCCAGCUAUUUCUCUGGAAGCCCUGAAAAUAGCUCACUCCAACGGAGUGAAGACUUUAUUUAACCCUGCUCCAGCUCUUGCUGACCUAGAUCCACGAUUUUAUACCUAUUCUGACAUCAUCUGCUGCAAUGAAAGUGAGGCAGAAAUUCUCACAGGAAUUGCCGUCUGUAAUGUCGAAGAUGCCGGGCGAGUGGGACUUGUACUGUUAGAAAGAGGCUGCAAGACAGCCAUUGUAACCUUAGGCCCAGAGGGCUGCGUCAUGGUCUCCAAAGAGGAAUCUGCCCCAAAACACGUUCCUGCUCAGAAAGUCACCUCUGUGGACACCACGGGAGCAGGUGACAGUUUUGUGGGAGCACUGGCUUUUUACCUGGCUUAUUACCCUACUUGGCCUCUGGAAGAAAUGCUGAGGAAAGCAAACCGUAUUGCGUCUGUUAGUGUCCAAGCAAUGGGUACACAAUCUUCCUAUCCCUAUAGGAAAGACCUGCCACAAGAUCUCUUCUGAGUUGUACUCCUACACCAUCAAAAUAGUGGGCACCAAUUCUCUCUUCAGGCAAGCAAAUUAUUCUGAUCACCAUGCUAUUUGUAAUACAUAUGAAACAUUUCCAUUUUUCACUCACAUUAAGAAUUAAUAAAGAGAAUCAGUUUGUCUUCAUGUUUUAAUUUUGCUUUUUAAAAAAAUGUUCUGAAGCUGUGAUCUAGCAAGGGCAAAAUUUUCCAAGAAUGAAAAUUUUCAAUUAACUGUGAAAUGUAUCUUUCCAUUGAAAAUAAAGUUGCCAAAAAUCAGA